AUUUGUGCUUUGAAAAUCAAGCGGGAAGGAUGAAGAGCAACAUGUCAUGCCCAGCAAUCCAUUUCCCAACUUGACCACACGCUGGAGCGCAGUGGGUCAGUGGAAGCUGCUGAUGUGUCUCCACGCAGUGACACUCCGGGCGCAGGGAGGCGUUAGCAGCGCCGGUCUGAACCAGAACGAGCAGUGCGGGGGAAACGUUAGCCAGGCGCCCGCAAGCUUACACACUUUAACCAAACUUACCAGUAGGGAGAAGCUGAACUGGACCGCAAUCACGGAUUUCUUGUGGGACAAGCACACUGGCCUCGCCGCUAAAACGAUGCCUCAUCCCAGACGGUACUCGUCAUCGAACAGCAGAGGCAGCUACCAUGAUCGUUUCAGAGGCAGGGACCGAGACAGAGACAGAGAUAGAGACAGAGACAGGGAUCGAGGACGAAGACACAGACACAGAAGAUCGCCAUCCUUCUCCUCCAGCAGCGACAGAGAUAGAAGACGGGGACGUGCUCACAGACAGGAGGAAAGCUAUGUUCGAUCAAGGAGUCGCAGCUAUGACAAUCGCUCAAUGGACCACAGGCCUUUUGAUCGACGGAACUGCGAGGGAUACAGGCGCAUGGAUCAGAGAUCCGACCUUGAGAGGGAGCCCCAGGGAGCGGCUGAAAGUUACUACUCACGCAACUUCUCUCCAAGUAUGUACGACUACCGCAGAGGACGGGAGAGAGAGCGUGAACACGACGAGUCGUACCGACGGAAAGGCAGCAGGCGUAAGCACAAACGAAGGCGGCGUAGAACCAGGUCCUAUAGCCAAUCCUCAUCGCGGAGCAACAGCCGGACGCGGGCACUGAGUGUGAGGGACGACGAGGAAGGGCACCUGAUCUGUCGGAGCGGGGACGUCCUGCAAGAGAGAUAUGAGAUUGUCAGCACUUUGGGAGAGGGGACAUUUGGGAGGGUGAUGCAGUGCAUUGAUCACCGCAGGGGAGGAUCUCAUGUGGCUCUCAAAAUUAUCAAAAAUGUAGAGAAGUACAAAGAAGCAGCCCGCCUGGAGAUAAAUGUCCUUGAGAAGAUCAAUGAGAAGGAUCCUGACAAUAAGUUCUUGUGUGUGAUGAUGUACGACUGGUUCGACUACCAUGGUCACAUGUGCAUCUCCUUUGAGCUCCUUGCUCUCAGCACCUUUGACUUCCUGAAGGAGAACAACUACUUGCCCUAUUCAAUCUGUCAGGUCCGACACAUGGCCUACCAGAUCUGUCUGGCAGUCAAGUUUCUUCAUGACAAUAAAUUGACUCACACCGACCUGAAGCCUGAAAACAUCCUGUUUGUCAACUCAGACUUUACAAUGUCUUACAACGUGGAGAAGAAGAGGGAAGAGAGGACGAUAAAGAACACAGCAAUACGUGUGGUGGAUUUUGGAAGUGCCACUUUUGACCAUGAGCAUCACAGCACAAUCGUGUCCACGCGGCAUUACCGAGCGCCGGAGGUCAUCCUGGAGUUGGGCUGGAGUCAUCCCUGUGAUGUCUGGAGCAUCGGCUGCAUCCUGUUUGAGUAUUACCUCGGCUUCACCUUGUUUCAGACUCACGACAACCGAGAGCACCUGGCCAUGAUGGAGCGAAUCAUGGGCCCCGUCCCCUCCAGAAUGAUCCGGAAGACACGGAAGCAGAAAUAUUUCUACCGCGGCCGACUGGACUGGGACGAGAGUUCCUCAGCAGGAAAAUAUGUCCGAGAAAACUGCAAACCUCUAAGAAGAUACCUGCUGUCUGAGGCGGAGGAACACCACCAGCUGUUUGACCUCAUCGAAAGCAUGUUGGAGUAUGAGCCCUCAAAACGUCUUGCACUCGCUGACUCUCUGACUCACCCCUUCUUUGAGAGCAGCGGAUAUGGAGAAGCCACGAGCAGCAAGAGCUGGGAGGGGAAUCGCGACAUCAGUCGGUGACCCCGCGACCCUCCACAGACUGACGCUCAACAAUGGGGUACAGAUUAAGGAACUGGAGGUUUACAUUUCUCCCGGUUGUCGAAGCAUGGACUGCUAUCUCCCCGGGCUCUUCCCAAAGUCUUGUGUAUCAUCAGUGGAGGUGGAACAGUUUCUUCCAAAACCAAAAUAAAACCACCGUCAGAUUAUGUGCGAAUCCAUUCUGGUGCUCAAGAACCAUGAGUGAGGAAAAGAAACAAGGUAGUGUGCGCUCUACAUGUAGCUCUCUAUGCAGCUCUGGUCUUCCUCCUGACCGUUGGACCUCCUCCUUCCUGGUAUCCGUCCUGUUACCCUCCUCAGCAUGCCAAGGCGGCCGCUCACCUCCUUGGAUUCCUACAACAAGACUGAAGGAGAAAAGCUGCAGAAGCAGAAACCCGUUCUGAGGUCUUGGGAAAAUGAGGCGCAGCUGAAUGUGCAGGGCCAAACAUGCUGUUGAGUCAGGAAGCUGCACCAGUGUGAUCUUUGAAUGACGCUGAACCAGCACUUGCACUUGUGUUUUUUUUUUUAUGUUGAAAAACAAAGUGAGAUUUCUAUUGAGAUGGGUCAAGGUGGUGGACACUCCAGGAUUCUACUUCCUGUCCUAAAGUUAAAUUAUCUGUUACAGUGUUGGUGAGUGCGUGUGUGUGCGUGUGCGCAUGACUCUCAUAUGUUAUUGGCUCUGUGAUUCUUCAUCACAGGACAAUCGCACACUUUUUUUAAACACUCAGACUGCCUUGUUCGGUGUGUAAGAACAUCUCCGCAGCGACGUCUGUGGAGACUGAGCAUUUGAUGGUAGCAUUGAGCCAUGCAUUUAUUUUUGUUUUCAGAGUUCCCAACUUGUCCUUUUUUGUAUUAAAUAAAGCGUAUAAAAGUGUAAAUAAUUGUAUGAUUGUGAAGAUUAAUUAAAGGCCAUCUUUCCAAGA